AUGACGCCUCUACGAGAUGAAGCCAGAGAGCAAGCUAUUUUGGAGGAUGGAUCUGACGUUUCGGACCAUGAUGAUCUGGAAGCCCCCGCUAAUAACAAAGAGGAGAUGAUGGUCCUUGCCAAGAACGAAGACAAAGCGGUGGGGUACUUGCGGUUGUUGGUAGCACUGCUUCUCGGGAUUGUGGCUCUUGUCGUUUGUUUGUCCAUCUACUUUGUGACCAAGAGCAGUGAACAAACCGACUUUGAAGAUGACUUCAAAGAUACCAGUUUGAAAGUUGUCGAGACAUUUGGAUCUACUCUCAAGCAGCGCAUGAACAUUGCAGAGAACUUUGUCAUCGACAUUACGUCGCGGGUUGCCAAUGAACCAGACCUCGAGUGGCCAUUGGUCGCGUUUCCGGACUUUGGGAUUCGGGCUGGCAAGACUGCUCAAAUUGGGACCUUCCUGGACAUCAGUGUGCUCCCCAUUGUCCAGCCAGAGCAACUCGAGCGAUAUAACAACUACACCAUGGCCAAUGGGGAAUGGCUUGCCGAGUCACUGGCCUUUCAGGAAGGCAUUCCCGUGGAAGAAGUGGAUGCUGUUCCCAUUGGACCAGUCCAAGUGGUGACAGACGAAGGCCCCAUCUUGAGAACACCCAACAUGCCCGGCCCUUUCACACCAAUAUGGCAGACAUUCCCUGCCAUUAAUCUGCCACUCCAAAACGCUGACCUAAACAAGGGGGUCUUUGCCGACCCAAUCCAGGCUGUCAUUGAGCACGGAAUACCCGUGUUUACAACAUCUGUUGACACCCUUGAUGUAACGGGGUUUCGCCGAGACAGUCUUUCCAAGAUGGUCGAAGCUGUUGGCCAAGAGUAUCAAUACGACGCCCUGGCGCCCAUCUUCUACCCCAUCUUUGACAGCUUACAGCGGGACCAUGGAAAUCAAUCCGUCGUGGCACUUUUGCGUGCUGGGAUCUACUGGAGAACUUUCUUUCUCAACAUUCUACCCGCUAGCUCCAAGGGUGUUGUCGUGGUCCUGGAAAACGACUGUGGCAAUCAAUACACUUAUGAAAUUGAUGGUUCCGAUGCACGGUGUCUUGGUCGUGGAGACCUGCACAAUGCCAAAUAUGACUACUUGGAAGCAGCUGUCACGGUUCAAUCUCUGCUGGACGUGGAAUCCUCAGACGAACAAGAGUCCACCAAGGGCCAAUGUCAUUAUGGUAUCCGCGUGUACCCCUCUCAAGAACUGGAAGACACAUACAUGACCAACAAGCCCCUCAUCUUUGCCUUGACCUUGGCAGCUGUGUUUGUCUUGACCUGCGCUACCUUCCUACUCUAUGACUACUGCGUGCAAAGACGACAAAAGAUCGUCUAUCAAUCCGCGAAACAGUCUGGCAAACUUGUUCAGUCCCUCUUUCCAGAACAAGUCCGUGAUAGACUCUAUGAAGAGCAAGAGGCCAAUGAGAAGAAAGCUUCGGGCAACGAAUGGUUGGACAAACGUAAUCAAACGAACAUGGACGCAAGUGUGGGAGAUACGAAACCCAACGCCAUUGCGAAUAUGUACCCCGACUGCACCGUGAUGUUUGCCGACAUUGCUGGCUUUACCAAAUGGGCCUCUUCCAGGACCCCCACUGAAGUUUUCGAGCUCUUAGAGGCCAUUUACGGAGAGUUUGAUCGGCUUGCAAAGAAGCGAGGGGUCUUCAAGAUUGAAACGAUUGGCGAUUGUUAUGUUGCUUGCACCGGAUUGCCUUUGGCCCAGCCCGACCAUGCCCUCAUCAUGGCAAAGUACUGUAUGGAUUGCUUGAAGAAGCUACACUUACUGCUCCAUGAAGACUUGAUAGACCGGCUCGGAAAAGACACGGGCGACUUGGCCAUGAGGUUUGGGCUCAACUCUGGUCCUGUCACAGCCGGGGUACUUCGAGGGGAAAAGGCUCGUUUCCAAAUUUUUGGGGAUACAGUCAAUGUCGCUGCUCGCAUGGAGAGCAAUGGACUGCGUGAAAAGAUCCAAGUGUCUCAGGCCACGGCAGAUUUGAUUGCUGCAGCUGGAAAGGGAUCGUGGCUAACCAAACGCGAUGAACUGGUCACAGCCAAAGGCAAAGGAGAUAUGCAGACAUUCUGGGUGAAUGUUGCUCCCACCGGACGAUCGAUUGCUGCUACAUCCACCUGCCAAUCCGUUGAGUCCUUUGGGGACGAAAGCGAUGACGCCGACAAUGUUGAUCGCAGCUUCGCCACCGUUGACGUGUAG